UAGACGAAAUAAAAUAUAAGUCACGAGAGGGUUACAGGAGCAGCGUGUGUUCGUCGGUGGUUACCUUCUCCACCACCGCUGCCUGAACCACUGUAACAGUUUAUGCUCCUCCUAAAUAUUGAACCUCUUCUUAUCCCAAAUCACUCCAUUUUUGGUAUUGAAUUAUUAGACUGAGCUCUUCCCUUUCACCACCACGUGCAUCUUCCGAUUAUCUCUCCAAUCUCAUUCAUUGCUCUCUCUCCACAUUUAUUAUUCUCCACCUUACCUCCAUUAAUUCUAGCCCCUACCUUCAAACUUCAAAUCUCUCUCUCUCUCUCUCUCUCCAUUCAUUUGUCUCUUUCAUUCUGGUGUUUCUCAGUGUUUCAGCUCAUUGCUUGUAGAUAGAUUCUCACCAAAUUCAGAUUAUCAACAAGACAGUCUACUAGACAAUAACAAGUAAAUCAACUCUAUGUGAAUCAAAAGGAUUCACUGAGGACCAAACCCUAAUUUCCUUAAACUGGGAGAACGAUAACAGGACUGAAAAGAUGAACACCAAUGACAAGUUGUCCAGAAGUAUCUUUAUAUAGGAUGACCCGGUUGAACUAUCCGAAUAACCCGGAUCCACUUGUAACCAUUUCGGUUGUAACAGCAACAGGCCCAAGUCCAGCUUUAAUAAAUAGGCAACAGGCCCAAGACAACUUCUAGCUCAAGACAGCUUCUAGCCCAAAACAGCUUCCAACCAAUCGAGUAGUCCAAGUCUUUAGUUCAAACCCACAGAUGAGUAGAAAAGCUUUGUAGAAACAUAUCGAAGACGAUGGGCAACAAGAUGUGUAUAUUCUUUGCUGUUUUAUUGCUCGGAGCAAGUUUACAUUCAUUAGUUACUGCAGAGCCCUUUGAAGAUAAGCAGAUUUUAAUUAACUUCAUUCAAAGCAUUUCGCAUAGCCGCGCAAUCAAUUGGGAUAUGGGUUCGUCAGCAUGCGUUAACUGGACCGGGAUAACAUGUAAUCAUGAUGGUUCAAGAAUUAUAGCUCUCCGGUUACCUGCUUUUAGUCUUCAUGGUCCGAUUCCACAUAACACUCUUAGCCAGUUAUCAGAUCUUCAAAUCUUGAGUCUGAGAUCCAACGGGCUAACGGGCCCGUUUCCUUCGGAUUUUUCCAAUCUUAGAAACUUAACAGCUCUUUACCUUCAGUCGAACGGGUUCUAUGGCCCGUUGCCUUUGAAUUUUACUAACUGGAACAAUCUUUCGAUACUUGAUCUGUCGAAUAAUGGUUUCAAUGGAAGUAUUCCUUUUUCCUUAUCGAAUUUAAGUCAUCUUACGGCUUUAAACCUCGCUAACAACUCGUUUUCUGGUGAAAUCCCGAAUCUUAAUAUCCCGAGUUUGCAAGAGCUUGAUUUGUCAAACAAUGAUCUCACCGGACCCGUACCGCAAUCUCUUGAAAGAUUUCCUAGCUCGGCUUUUGUUGGUAAUAAUCUUUCUUCUUUAAGCUCAAUGCCACCUGUUGUUUCUCCCACCAGCCAACCAGUAGCGAAAAAACAUACAAAACUCGGGGAACCUGCGAUUCUCGGAAUCGCGAUCGGUAGUUGUGCGUUAGCGUUUGUACUACUUGCGUUGCUAAUGAUCCUCCGGUAUUCGAAGGAUAAAACAGAGGUUUCAGAGAGACCACAGAAAGAAGAAAAGGUAACAAAACUGCGAUCCGGAAGUCAAAAUGUCAACGGGAAUGGAAGCCUUGUGUUCUUUGAAGGUAGCAGCCUUGCGUUUGAUUUAGAGGAUCUGUUUAGAGCUUCGGCUGAGGUGCUCGGUAAGGGUACGUUUGGUACGACUUAUAAAGCCGCAUUGGAGGAUGCAAGCACUGUUGUUGUGAAGAGACUGAAGGAAGUUGCUGCAGCCAAAAGAGAUUUCGAGCUCCAAAUGGAACUUGUUGGAAACAUUAGGCACGAGAACGUUGUUACUCUAAGAGCUUAUUACUACUCGAAAGACGAAAAGUUGAUGGUGUAUGACUAUUUUGAUCAAGGGAGUGUUUCUUCAAUGUUACAUGCAAAAAGAGAUGAAAACCGGACUCCAUUAGAUUGGGAUAGUCGAUUACGAAUAGCCAUUGGAGCAGCAAGAGGUAUUGCUUAUAUCCACACACAAUCUGGAGGGAAACUUGUUCAUGGGAACAUCAAAGCCUCCAACAUCCUUCUAAACCCGCAGCGAUACGGUUGCGUAAGUGACGUUGGCCUGGCCCCGGUGAUGACCCCGUUAACGCCACCAGUAAUGCGUAUAGGCGGCUACCGGGCCCCAGAAGUAGCAGACACUCGAAAAGUGUACCAAGCGUCAGAUGUCUACUCUUUUGGAGUUGUGUUACUAGAGCUUCUAACAGGAAAGUCACCUACUCAUGCAACUGGAGGUGAGGAGGUGGUGCAUUUGGUGCGAUGGGUUAACUCGGUGGUGCGCGAGGAAUGGACGGCGGAGGUGUUUGACGUGGAGCUGUUGAAGUACCCAAACAUAGAAGAGGAGAUGGUGGAGAUGUUGCAGAUUGGGAUGCAAUGUGUGGCGCGGUCGCCUGAGCAGAGGCCGAAGAUGGCGGAUGUAGUGAAGUUGGUGGAGGAUAUACGGAGGACGACGAAUGCGGGUGCGUCCGGGGUGUCGACGCCGGCAACGGAGGCGACGACUCCGGCAACGGAGGUGACCGCGUCUCCGGUGGUAGCUCAACAGAUAGGAUCAUCUGUUGUUGCAAUGUAAUGUAAUAUUAUUUUUAGAGAAUUGGUUGUGGAAAUAACUGUAAUAUUAAAAAAGAUGUGACAUGGGUAUUGGUUAUUUUUUUAAUGGAAUUAUUACUGUGUUAGGGGUUUGUUUAACUA